AUGACUGACGUUUAUCGAGACGUUCAUCCAGCCCAUUACUUUGCUAAAUCGAAACAAUGGAUUCCAGGUCCAUUUCAGCUCAAACUGAGGAGAUCACAAGAGCACCAGAAGCAUACUCCCAACUUCAUCCGUGUCGUAUCGUGGAAUAUUGACUGCAUGAGGCCCGAAGCAGAGCUCCGCCUAGACGCCUCCCUCUCGUAUCUCCAACACAACGUCUUCAAAUGCAGGACAAAUCGCAAAUGUCCUGAACCAUGCUCUAUCCUACUCCAGGGCGUUCUGGCAACUGCAUUCACUACCAUUCUCCACAAUAAGUGGGUGCAGAAUUGUUUCGUCGUCAUUCCCUCCACCACAGACGCCUGGCCUAGGCUUGCCAAGUAUGGCACUGUUACGCUCGUCUCUCGUUCCCUGCGCAUCACAAAGUCAUUUUCCAUUCAUUUUAGCUGCUCUGAGUUGCAGCACCAUGCUAUUUUCGUAGAUGUCAAGCUAAGCGGUCUCCUCGAUCCAACGCAAGCCCCCCGGUCAUCUGAGUCUACCGUGACCUUGCGAAUUGCUAACACCCACCUUGAGCCUUUACCCGAUGGCGCUCCAAUGAGGGAGAAACAACUCAAGCUCAUCGCUAAUGCUCUAAUGCAGGACGAACUGUUUGGAGGAGUCGUUGGAGGUGACUUUAAUGCUCUCACACCCGAUGACUACGCAAUUGUUGGAUCUGUUGGCUUGUGGGAUGCUUGGAGCGGCGAUGAUGCGGAUGAAAGAGGCUUCACUUGGGGGUAUCAACCUCGUUCUCCACUCGCACCAGGAAGACUGGACAAGUUGGUCUAUACGCCACGUCCAGGAUUAUUUAUGGACACCCCAAAGAAGAUUGCUAUUGGAAAGAAAUACGGGAAACCGACGCGGAGGAGGUGGGUCAGCGACCAUUAUGCCCUGCUCACCAGGGUGCAAUGCGUAUAUUUCGCAUCUGAUGCUUCAGAUUAUGAAUCAUCAGAUCACGAGCACGUCCAGCAAGGACUGAGAGAGCAAAGGAAUAUCGAGACAUGCUCGCUUGAUUCACUAGCACCCGCUCGUGUCUCAUUCACCACCUCAUAG